GGGGAGAUAAGAGGUUUAUGUUUAGAUUCCAUACAGACUGAAUCUCGCUCUCUCUCUUGAGACAUCGGGAAAGCUAAAACAUUUUUAUAUUCACUCUUAUAGCUGUCAGACAUCUAUUGUGGUGUAUAAAGACAAAAAAGAAACAUAUUGAUAAUAGGAUUGUCUGUGAAAGCUGAGGAGAUGCUGCUAAUGAAUGACGAUCAGCUGAAUGGCGUAAUCCAGAGUUGGAGAGACACUAAAGAAGAAGAUUUGAAACCUGAAGACUACCAACAGUUCAAGAAUUUUGGAUCUUUCUGUCUCACAGAGGGAGACAGUCAACAACUACUGGCAUUUCUUAGAGAUGAUUCGAAUCAGGAUAUUGUGAGGUAUAUGGGCUGUGUUCUUCUGGAUCCUCUUGUAAAUGAAGUCGUUAAAAGAAAAAAGAACCAUGACGACUGCCAGGCUGCAAUCACGCAUCUGACCAUGACUUGCAGCCCAGAAAAUGUCCUGCAUUGCUGGCUUAAAAUACUUGCAGACAUCGACCCAGGUGCCAUUUCUGAGAUUAUUAUAGCCAUUCUUCCACAUCUUCAAACAGUCCUGUUCAAGCUGGAUGAGAGGAAGGCAGUCAGUGUUGGUUUGGCUCUUUCUGCCCUACAAAAGCAGCUGUCCCGACUGCCUGUACCUUACACCGAGCAGCAGGAGGAAGACGAUGAGCUGGGUCUGUGUCGCUGCUGCACCGCCUUAGCGCUUUUUAUGGAGCCCUUUGUAGAGGAGGCCAAGAAGAAAGAUGAUCCCUGUGUAGGAGAGGACGACCUGAAGAUUGAGCUUUUGAAGUUCUGCAUGAAGAGCUUGAGAGAUCCUUUGCUUGAGGCUGACUUGAAUCGAGAAAGACAAUCCGCAUUGUGGCUCUUUGCAGUAGAGAUUACGGCCAUUCUCCAUGCCAUCAGAGAGUCUCUUUCAGAACUCAUAUUCUUCAGUUCUCUAAGGAAAAGCACUCUAAUGGACACCAGUGUGUUCAAGGAGUCCAGAGCGUGUCUGGCCUACCUUCUAUUUGUCCAGCUUUUAGCCAUGGACAGCUUUCCUGCAGUGUUCAGUCCUGUAUUUAUUCUACAGUGCAACAUGGAACACAUCAGUCAGCUCCUUAGUAGCAAAAAGGAAUCACAUUUGCUCAAAGGACUGGCACUGCUUGAGAAAAGCUUGGAGAAGGUGGAAGACGACUGUCUUCCAGUGGGUCUACUGGAACAGAAGAGCUUCCAUAGUUCACUGCAGAACCUGCAGUGUAUUCUUACUGACUGUCCAAUGCUGCAUUUGAGAAAAUCAGGACUGAAGAUUUUACAGCUAUUCAUCAAUAAGUUAGACCUUGAAGCAAGACACAAAUUCUUCAGGUACAUGUUAAAGACAAGCCACCAUGCAGGUCUAGAAAGUUAUAUAGUCAAUAACAUCAGAGGUCAAGUAGAAUUAUCCAUGAAGCAAGGAAAUGCCAACAAAUGGUUCUUGGGAAAUGAGCUCAUAUCAUUGCUGGAACUGGUACUGCGUUUACCAGAAUGUGCCGAGACAGAUUUGCUCACCAAUAUGGACAGGAUAAUGGAGAGCCUUAAUUUGCUGCGCUACAUGUUUCUCAGAGACAAAGAACUAAGGAGAAAUACGUUUGUAUGGGAUGAAUUGAUCAGGAUCAAAGAUGAAUACCUCAAACUGCUACGUGUGUGUAUCAGCAUGUCAAGAGCAUAUUAUUCUGCUGAACUGAAAGCUCUGAGGGAAGAUCAAAGGUUACAAGCAAAAGAAGCCAGAGAUGCUGCUAGAUCCAACAGAUUAAUAAAAAGCAUGACAGUGAAGCCAGAAAAAAUGGCCAAUAUGCCUCCAGAGGUCCAGCACCAGGUGUUGCAGAUUGCACUGGUGACAUUUGACCUCAUGGAGAGCCUUAUAAUCCGAAUUGAAGAGAUUGCAGAGAAAAAGUAGACAUUGUAAGAUCAAUUGUAUUAGUAAACAGUAUAUGAAAAAAUAUAAAGCAAGUGUUUUAAUUUUUAUUGUCAAAGGUAAAUGUGACAGCUGAAAAUAAACUGUGUUGAUACUAUAUGUUGAACUUUUACUUCUGCUUUUGUCAAGUAAAUACAAUGUUGUUUUGCUUCAUAGAAAAUAAAAGAUGCUGGACCACCUGAUGACCCUUACAAUAUGUUUCUUAGCAUUUCCCACACAGGACUGGUCUCAAUGAUGUGAACUCUGGCCAGGGACA